AUGAAAUGGACAAAGAAACAAUUAACUUGGCAAAUUCAGAGUUAUCCAUCACAUUCUUUAUCAAGGGUACGUGCACAUGCAGUAUUUCAGCAUACAUUCAAUUUAUGGUCAAGAGUGGUUAAUUUAGAUUUUGUGGAAGAAAAAGAUUAUUAUAAACCAGCUGAUAUUGUGAUACGAUUUGGAGCUGGCAAACAUGGAGAUUCUAUACCAUUUGAUGGAGCAGGUGGAGUACUAGCACAUGCUUACUAUCCAACACCGGAUAAUGUAUAUUCAUUUUCUGGUGAUGCACAUUUUGACGAUGAUGAAAUCUGGAAUGAUGGACCACAUAAAACACAUAGAAAUUUGAUUUCCGUCGCAGCUCAUGAAUUAGGGCACAGUUUAGGAUUAGGUCAUUCAUCUGUACCAACUGCAAUUAUGUAUCCUUACUACACAAGAACAUGGGAAAAAGUUAAGUUGGAUCCAGAUGAUAUCGCUGGAAUACAACAAAUUUAUGGUGCUGCUAAACCGGGUAAAUUUAUACCACCUGAACCAAGUUUGCCUGAUAUACCCCCACCACCACCUGUAACUACAGAAGCUCCAAAACGUGAGAAUGUUUUCGAUUUUUGCAAUAUCAGUGUUGAUGCAAUUAUUAAAAUUCGUAAUUUAGAAUUGUAUGUUUUUAAAGGAGAAUGGCAAUGGCGAGUAACAUGGUCAAAAACUGUAACAACAUGGAUCACCUAUCAAUUUCGUGACGGUCCGGCAAAAAUAACUUAUUACUGGCCUGCAUUACCUAAAUACGUUGAUUACAUUAAUGCUGGUAUUGAACGCCAUGAUGCAGCUAUUUAUAUUUUUCGAGAUAAAAAAUUCUGGCUACUUCUGGAUAAUAUGAGAAUGAAACCUGGAUUUCCAAGUGAUGGAUUACCUCUAACUAAUCUUGGACUUCCAUCGUACCUGGAACGUGUAGACAGUGUAUUUUUAUGGGGAGAAAAUCAAGCAAUUUAUAUCUUCGCUGGAAAAUAUUACUGGCGCUUGGAUGAGAAUUCUGGUCCAUUUGGCAAAGUAAUUAAUAGUCCGGACUAUCCUCGUCUGAUAGAAGAUACAUGGCAGGGAGUUCCUGUUCCUACACAAGCUGCAUUUACCGGUCUCAAUGAUGAAACUUUGUUUUUUGAAGGUACAAACUACUAUGUAUUCGAUAAUAUAGCAAUGCAUACACGUCCUGGAUAUCCAAAACAAGCCUCACUAGGUAUACUUGGUUGUAUGAAAUGA